CACAAACUUCCAGAAAGAAAAACGGUUUCGAGCUAAUGGAUAAAGUAGCACAAUACGAGCGCGUUUUCAAGCAGUUUGAUGCCAACGGAGACGGAAAGAUAUCACCUAUGGAGCUGCAACAGUGCGUCGGGGCGAUAGGCGGCGAGCUCUCGCUGACGGAGGCGGAGGUGGCGGUGGAGUACCUAGACUCGGACGGCGACGGGCUGCUGGGGUUGGAUGACUUUGUCAAGUUCGUCGACGGAGGAUGCGACGAAGAGAAGGUUAAUGUCUUGAGGGAGGCUUUUAAUAUGUACGUGACGGACGGGAGUGGGUGCAUUACGCCCAAGAGUCUCAAGAGGAUGCUGAGUCGGCUCGGCGAGUCCAAGAGCGUCGACGAGUGCAAGAACAUGAUUGCGAGAUUUGAUCUCAACGGCGAUGGGGUGCUCAAUUUUGAUGAGUUUAAGGUCAUGAUGUUUUGAUGGAUGGUGUAUAUAUGAAGUGUGAUUUUUGUUUGUUUUUGCUACUUUUGUAGUCUGUUCAUUCGAUGUUGCUUGAUUUUACGACUCCAGUGCUGAUUUUCGGCAAAUCUAACAUGAGACAGAGAUUAUUACAUUCA